GCACCACAUAGAUGCCGUAUGGGCUCAAUCAUGGUGCAGAUAACGUUGCUCGCAAUCGUGUGGAGUACAUUUGUGCUCGUGACAGUGGGAUUUGCUGUAAAGGUUCACUUGUGGCGACACCUCUGCUCAUCAUCCGUGGACGACCAUCACAAGAUUGAAACCCUCGCUGCAUGUAUGGCCAAGCUCCAAACCUUCCGCCCCUCCUUCUUUCAUACCAUCGAGCGAACGUUAGUUCGCCUGGCUCACCAUCUCGACUUUAUCGUUUUCAGUGCCACGCCGUUGACCUGUCUUGUCGUCACCGCCCACGGCUUGUGGCUUUGGCCUCCGCCCGACCUUCUUCAGAUGGGCGUGUUGUAUCUUGGCGUCCCGAGUGUCUGCUUCGAAGUGUUGGCGACAAGGUUGUGUCCACCAAGAUACCACCGCGCGCUGCACCACGUGGUGCUACCUCUGACUUGCGAAACGCUGUACGCUGUGCUGAUUGCAGGGUUCGUUCAUGCGGCAAUCUGCAUCUCUGGGCCAAGUAACUCAGACGCCACAUCAGGAUGUUUCGUGUUCGGGGGAGUCACGUACGUCUGCAGUGCUGACGGAGUAGGGUUGGUCUCAACCACCGUAAGUAUGGUGUGUUUCGGUGUGUUGUAUUACUCGGCAUUGACGUACAAGUGGCACCGUCGCGACCAAACGCUGGCCAUCACAUUUGGUGUGAACCCUGUCACAGCUGUCCUGGACUCUGUAGUUCGAACGGCAGCCUGUGUUCUGCUCGAAACUGUCGUGGCUAUCCUCCACCAACUCCCCCUUGUAAACGGUGACGAUCAUACUCGACUUGUGUUCGUGGUAGCCGGAGUAGUGCACGUCUUAAUCCUACUAGGCCUUUGGCGGCACCAUGCCCGCCUCCAACCCUUUCAUGGCGACGGAUACGCCAUCAACAAUCUCUGCGCGGCGAACUUUGCCUCGACGACGUACUUGUCGUUAGUGUUGAUCUUGUCCAAUGGCCCGGCCUUUCACUCGUUUCAAGUGUCGUACAUUCCGUGGGCGGUGGCAGGCACUGCGUACCCAGGUCUGGUCUUGGCCGCGUACCUCAUCAAUGCUAAAAUCGCCGUCAAAGUGGCAUUGCGUUCGGUUCCGGAGUCAUUGGACGUGUCGAGCAGGCGGGUUCAAGCCGUGGCCGCGUUAUGUGUGACGUUAGAUGACUUCGACCUGGCAGCAUGCUCACCCGAGCAUUUGAUCUCGCUCGUGACAAAACUCUCGUUUUUCCAAACUAUUCGUGUUUCCGACUUGGACGGCCAGCCCCUGGCGUAUGCAUUAGCUGCGACGUGGAAACUUGUGCAUCACGUCUACGCCGUCGCCCGUCUCGAGGUCGUAGCUCCCGACGACGAUGACCUGUCGCCGGCCUCAGAAUCCGUACCUUGGCACUUGUGGGUACAUUCUGCAACUUGUUUUGAAUCCGCCACGGGACGAACGCUGCUACUUCCAACGUCGACGGAAGUGCAAGACCACUUGCAAACCGUCUUCAACUACGCUGUCGCCUUGAUCCAUCUCCCCCAUGCCAAUGCGCGGUUCGUCGUAGCACGAACGCUCCAACAAAUGUAUGCGGUGGGCGUCGGGCCGUUGCCAUUGCCCACGUUUGUGUGCGUUCUGUGUACCUUGGCUGGCUCGGGCGACAUCUCCCCUGCGUUGGCGUCGUCGGCAGCGCUGACCUUCGUGCGCGUUUGUCGCAUGUACAACCCCAUGACCGACAUGGCCCCCGCUCUCGCCAGAGACGAUUUGAACUUGACGCAUAUGUUGGGGUUUCUUGGCCGCCCAAAGGGGGAUGGCUGCCAUGCUGCAGCUGCUACCCCCCGCCGAUCGUCAUCCUCAUCGGCCGAAGUGCUUGCACACCUCGUGCGUCUCGUGGCCCAAUACAUUCAACAGUCGUCGUUGAAUCCUACGGAUAUCCUUCCCACCAACUUUGCACAUCUCUUGCAGGCGGCGUGGUUGAACUGGCACGAUCAUUACUUUGUUGCGACAGCGUUGGAAGACUCGUGUGUGUCGAUUCAUCGGGCGGGCGAGGCGUUCACGACCCUCCACGCCGCCAGGGUUGCCAUGUCCACGGUCGCCAAAGCUCCCCCACGGUCUCCACGUUUCAAAGUCACAAGUCGUCGGAUAUAUGAAGGUUUCACGUGGGUGGAGCCACAUAUGUGGAAAGAAGUCCAGCGUCGGCAAGCGCUUCGAGGGGAGUUUGCCAACGUCGUCCAAGGGCUUGUGCAGGAAGGCCUGGGGGGUCAUCUACCACCAGGUGACUUGAAUGGACGGGGUCAGAUGUUGCUCGACAAGUUUCUCGGCAUGCUCGAAGUGUCCCGCACGCUUCUCCUGGGCCACCUCCACGACUCGUUUUCGCUCAACGAAGUGGCGUAUGUGCGGCACCUUGAGCUCGUCGCCCAAUUACAAGGCACCACCACAUCCGUCGAAUCAGUGGCGUGACGGGGUUUAUCAGAGUUUGCUGCUUGCUACCAGUACGCAAAAACCCAGGACUUUGCAUACGGGAACUCCUAAUCGAUUGAUUUAUAAAAAGAUUACUACAUUGCAC